UAUAUAUUGCCUCCUCUAAAACCCUCUUCACACUCAAGCGAAAAAUCAAAAACUCUCUCUCUUCAUCUGUUUUUCCCUCUGUUUUUCCAAAAUGGAUUUGUGUUCAAAUAGGUUUUCCAUGCUUUUAUUGGUUAGUAGUAUAGUUUUGAGCUCUUUCAUUGUAUCUACUUGUGCUGGAAAUUUUUACCAAGAUUUUGAUCUGACAUGGGGUGGUAACCGAGCCAAGAUAUUCAAAGGAGGUCAACUUCUUUCCCUUUCUUUGGACAAAGUUUCUGGUUCUGGUUUUAAAUCCAAAAAAGAAUAUCUAUUUGGAAGGAUUGAUAUGCAGCUCAAGCUUGUUGCUGGAAACUCUGCUGGCACAGUCACUGCCUACUAUUUGUCUUCUGAAGGACCUACUCAUGAUGAAAUUGACUUUGAGUUUUUGGGAAACCUGAGUGGUGACCCAUAUAUAUUACAUACAAAUAUCUUCACUCAAGGCCGAGGAAACAGAGAGCAACAAUUCUAUCUCUGGUUUGACCCAACCAGAAACUUUCACACUUACUCUGUAAUCUGGAAACCCCAACACAUAAUCUUCUUGGUUGACAAUUUUCCCAUCAGAGUAUUUAAAAAUGCUGAAUCAGUUGGUGUUCCAUUCCCUAAGAACCAACCAAUGAGAAUUUACUCUAGUCUAUGGAAUGCUGAUGAUUGGGCAACAAGAGGUGGAUUGGUAAAAACUGAUUGGACAAAAGCCCCAUUUACAGCAUAUUAUAGGAAUUUCAAUGUAUUGGAUAGCAGAUCAUCAAACGCAUUCUCUGAAGCUGCUAAUUAUCAAAUCAAUGCGCUUGAUGCACCCGGAAGAAGAAGACUGAGAUGGGUUCAGAGAUACUUCAUGAUUUACAACUACUGUACUGAUCUAAAACGUUUUCCACAAGGUGUUCCUCCUGAGUGCAAACCAUGAAGAUUUCUUUAGGAAAGUCUCUUUCUCUGUAAUAUAAAUCCAUGGGUUUGGGUUGGGUUGAGUUGGAGAUUGUAAUAUAAUCCGUGAUGGGGUUGGGUCGGGUCGGGUUGGGUUGGGUUGGUUUGAGUUGGGGAUUCUUUGUUGUUCUUUCUGUGCAUACAGGGUUUGGCUUAGCCUGAGACUGGGGAGGUCAAAUAAAUGCUUAUUCGUUGUUUAAUAAAUAUUUUUCUUGCUACUUCUGCAGCAGGAAAAUUACCUCUUGCUUUGCUAUUUUCUGUUCUUCUGUAGAGAAGGUUUACUUAUAGUCCUUUGUAAUUUUCAUCUUUGUACUUGUGAAUUAUUAUUAUUAUUAUGUUUCUGUUAUAUUUUA